AAUCCAAUCGGCACGUCGUCGAUCGAUAUUCUAUCAGUUCCGAUUCCGACCGCAAAUACCUCGAUCAGGAACCGGUACAACACCGGCAUCGGCUUCGGCAUCACAAUUAGUAUUCGACGCGUCUUAAAUAGCUUCCGUUUUACGGGCACGUGUUGUAAAUUGAUUUGUUCUCGUACAACAGCGCAUUCGCAAAGGUCGAACAAGAUCGUGGUCGCCCUGUACAAUUACACCGCACGCGAGAGCACCGAUGUCAGUUUCGUGAAGGGUGACCGAAUGGAAGUAUUGGACGAUUCGGAACCCGACUGGUGGAAAGUUUUACACUUGACAACUUUGCAAGAGGGUCUCAUACCUUGGAACUUCGUGGCCGUCGAGCGUUCGGUCGAAAGCGAGGAUUGGUUUUUCGAGAACGUCUCGCGUAAGGAAGCUGGCAAGCUUCUCUUGGUGGACGAGAACCCUCGGGGAACAUUCCUGGUGCGGCCGAGCGAGCACAAUCCCAGGGGAUACAGUUUAUCCGUGAAGGAUUGGGAAGAGGGAAGGGGUCAUCACGUAAAACACUAUAAAAUUAAACCUCUCGACAAUGGAGGCUUCUUUAUCGCCACCAACCAGACAUUCCCCACUCUACCAGCUCUCGUUAUGGCGUACAGCAAGAACGCGUUGGGUCUCUGUCAUGUGCUCUCUAAGCCGUGUCCGAAACCACAACCGGACAUGUGGGAUCUCGGACCCGAGUUGCGAGACAAAUGGGAGAUCAAUAGAAACGAGAUACAGCUGAUACGGAAACUGGGACACGGGAAUUUCGGCGAAGUGUACUACGGUAAAUGGAGAAACAAAAUAGAGGUGGCUGUGAAGACGUUGAGACCGGGGACCAUGUCGACGGAGGCGUUCCUCCAGGAGGCGGCGAUCAUGAAACAAUUCCGACACCGGCACUUGGUCGCGUUGUACGCGAUCUGUUCAAAGGAGGAACCGAUCUAUAUCGUGCAAGAAUACAUGUGCAACGGUAGCUUGCUCGAUUUCCUGAGGACAGGUGACGGCAAAUAUAUGCAGUUCGAGGAUCUGAUUUAUAUCGCGGCCCAAGUGGCCUGUGGUAUGGAACACCUCGAAAACAAACAGCUGAUACACAGAGAUCUCGCGGCGAGAAAUGUGCUGAUCGGCGAGAAGAACAAAGCGAAAAUAUGCGAUUUCGGUCUCGCCAGGGCAAUCGAGGACGACGAAUACUGUCCAAAACAGGGAAGCAGGUUCCCCGUCAGGUGGACAGCUCCGGAGGCCAUCGUUUAUGGUAGAUUCAGUAUCAAGAGCGAUGUUUGGUCUUACGGUAUUUUGCUGAUGGAGCUGUUCACUUAUGGCCAAGUUCCUUAUCCUGGUAU